GCCUCCACCAAAUAUCAAAAUUCCAAAACCUUCUCUACUGUCGUUCCAUCUCCAGGAAGAGAGAGAAAGAGAAAGACAGGGGUGAGACUUAGACCUUCAUUCGCUCAAAAAUGGUGCAACGUCUCACCUACCGUAGACGGCAUAGCUAUGCCACCAAAUCCAACCAACACCGCAUCGUCAAAACCCCUGGUGGGCGGCUUGUUUAUCAGACCACAAAGAAGAGAGCAAGUGGGCCCAAAUGCCCUGUUACUGGAAAGAGGAUUCAAGGGAUUCCUCAUUUGAGGCCCACUGAGUACAAGAGAAGCAGAUUACCCAGGAACAGGCGUACUGUGAAUCGUCCAUAUGGAGGCGUUCUAUCUGGCAGUGCUGUUCGUGAAAGAAUCAUCCGAGCUUUCUUGGUCGAAGAGCAGAAGAUUGUGAAGAAGGUGUUGAAGAUUCAGAAAACAAAAGAAAAGCAGUCUUCAAAGAGCUAGAGUGGCAGUGUAAUGAUGCUUUUUUGUUGGUCCUAGUUUUCCAAGAGGAAAUUUUGUUUUUUAAGAGGAGAUGAUGACUUAGGAAGAAUCCUGUUUACAGUCCGUACUUGUGUCUAUUACUACUAUGAGGUGAUUGCAUUUUGAAUGAGCAUUUUUGUUUUCCUGUUGA